AGACUCAUCAAGGAUGCUACCUUCUUUUCUAUGCUGAAGAAGUAUCCAAAGUCCGUGCAGCAGGUCCAGCGACUAAACUUCCGAGAGCUAAGGCACGCCAUGAUAGCGGUUAUCAGAAAGUACAUCAAAGCAGAUGGCGACUUGGGUCAGACCCUAUGGAAUGCAAUGAAGGAGCUCUUGUCUGCGCACUCAGUUAGAACAGGCAGAGAGGUCUACGCGGUUGAUCCUUCUUCCAUAGAGAGUGUGGAGCCUUCUACUGCUGGAGAGCUGCAGUUGGGAGUUGCCAGAAUGUGGCAUGCUUGGAUUCACUUUGACGUCACUAUACGAGUAGAGACCAUGCCCAGUGGCCAAAUCGAAAGCGCAGCGCCUCCUUUCCGACCCAGUGUCAGUCUAAAGGACAUUUUCCAAGCUGGGCAAAGCAUAUACGGAGCGGGCUUCAGGCUAAGCCAAGACCAGCUGCUACUUGUCAGUGAGAUAUAUCUAUCAACGACACCAGUGAUUCCCAUUCAGGCUCCUACGGGGUUUGGUAAGACGUUGCUGUUUGAGUUGCCCAUGUUGGCAUUGCGCAAGGAAAAUGUCGUCUCGUUUGUCUUUGUUCCUUACAAUACGCUUCUCGGAGACAUGAGUCAAAGACUGCAGAAAGACGGACUGCGCGUAGGCUUUGUGCGCGAUCUGCUGAGUGAUGACCCU